AUGUUGCCCUCAAACAUUGGAAAUUUAAUUAACCUACGUCAUCUUGACAUAACUAGGACUGGUCUGUACUCAAAGGCUGGUCGAUUUGAUGGGACUGAGUUGCAAAACGUCUCAGAUGUUCAAGAUGCAAAUGAAGCAAAAUUAAGGACUAAGCAGAACAUUGAAGAAUUAACGUUCGCAUGGUGUGGAAGAAAUUUCAAUGAUUUUCAAAAUGAAAACCUUGAAAUGAAUGUACUUAACAUGCUACAACCUCAUGGAGACUUGAAAAGGCUCAAAAUUAAGUUCUAUGGGGGCACAAAAUUUCCAAGUUGGAUUGGCGAUCCAUCAUUCUCCAAAAUGGUGAACUUGUCUCUUGUGAACUGUCCAAAAUGCAAAAUUUUACCACCAUUUGGGCAACUACCCAACCUCAAAGAGCUAUGCAUUCAAGGCAUGACUGAAUUACAAAAUUUGGGGGUUGAGUUCUGCGGGGAUUGUUUUCCCCCUUUUCCAUCACUGAAGAGUUUGAGAUUUGAGUCCAUGCCGGCAUGGGACGAAUGGGAUUGUUGUAUUGACGUUGAAGAAGCUGGAAGACAAUUCCCUUGCCAACGGGAGCUUAAAAUAAAUGGUUGUCCCAAGUUGAAUAGGAUUUCACUUUUAAUGCUUCCCUCUCUUCGAACAUUAUUCUUGCGAGGUUGUGAUGAGGCGGUGCUACAAAGUAUUGUUGAUGUGACCUCACUAACUAGUUUGAAUGUUACGAGUAUUACAGGGCUUCUUCAUCUUGAUGAAGCAUUGGUGCAGUACCUGGUAGCACUUGAGAGUCUUACGCUCUUUGAAUGCAACCAGCUGGUGGCUUUUUGGCAAAAUAAUCUUCUCCGUCCCCAACUUGUUUCGUUUGGUGAAGAAUUAGAUGAAGGGCUGCCUUGCAUUAAUCUUCAAGAAUUGUAUAUAAUUGAUUGUGUGAAUUUUGAGAAGUUCCCAAAUGAGCUGCAUAAUCUCACAUCUCUCGCAUCAUUGGAGAUAGUUGGGUGUCCAAAACUUGUGGAGUUUCCAAAGACAGGUGUCCCACCAAUGCUCAAACUACUUCAAAUACAGGAGUGCAAUGCAUUGAAGUCCCUUCCGGACGGCAUCUGUGGUCUUGAACGCUUGAGUAUUUUUUAUUGUUCGUCAUUGGAGUACUUCCAGCAGCAGCAGCAGGAUAUGAAUAUGUCAUCACUUCAACAGCUAGACAUCUCGGGAUGGCCGAAGGUUGGAAUGUUAGUACUUGGGAUUGGGAGGUGCGUAAAUAAUUUCGCUAGUCUUCGUAGACUCUGGAUACAAAGUUUCGAUGUUGUGGAGUGCUUGUCCUUCCCCGAAAGAGGCUUACCCAACCUCAGUCAACUUGUUAUACACAAUUGCGUGAAUCUCCGAUCCUUCGCUGCUACCACCAUUACCAACCUGAUUCUUCCAAGCCUCCAAUCCCUUCAAAUCAAGUAUUGUGAAAAACUGGAGUCCAUCCCGGAGGGAGGAGUCUGCUUGUCCACCCCCAAACUCAGAUCACUUUGUAUCUCCAGUUGUUCAAAUCUGACGUCGUUGCCAUUUUUUGAUCAGAUUCUUCAAAGCCUCGAAACCAUAGAAAUAUAUAAUUGUCCAUUUCUUGAGUCCUACCUUCAAGGGAUUGGGAAUUUGCCCCCCAAUCUUAUUGAAUUUGUACCGGAUUUUCUCGCGGACUCAAAUCUCGGUGAUAUCCCAGACCCUUCUCUUCCACGCUUCAAAGUCUUCAGACCCAGGACAGAGAGAAAACAAAACAUCAUUGAGGUCUCAAUAACAGGAUGUCUGCAUGCCACUCCAAUCACUGCCAGCCUGUCAGGCAGUUUUCGCCAGGCAAAGGGAUCUAAUGAUCUUCCGAUCAAUCAAGAAUAG